AUGCGGUACUCGCCUCAGCCAAUCGGGUCCGAUGAUGACAGCGACACGAGCAGCGACAUUCCAGAUAUCUUCUCAGAUAGUGUUGCUGAUGAUAUCUCAGAGAGUGCAUCCAAGCUAGACAGCAGCGAUGACGACUCUGACGAUUCCAAUGAUGAUUUAAUCCUAGAUGAUGAGGAAGGACAGGAGCUUUCCGCCUUGCACUACCUUGAAGAGGCUAAAUCUCUCAAUGUCUCACAGCUCUGA